AUGAGCAUCUUGGUGUGGAACUGCCGAGGGCUUGGGAACCCUCGGACAGUUGGAGUCCUUAGGCAAUUAGCCAAGGAUAAGAUCCCAUCUUUAGUUUUCCUAGUGGAGACUAAAUGCAACAGUAGAAGAAUGGACAUGAUCAGGAGGAAACUAAGAUUUGAUUACUGUCUGGCAGUAGAUAGUGUGGGUCUUAGGGGAGGAGUAGCCUUGUUAUGGAAAACAGAUUGGAAUGUAGAAAUCAUUAGCUACUCACGGUGGCACAUUAGUGCUAUAGUGCUGGAGGAGGAAAAUGGCCCUGCCUGGCAAUUCACAGGCUUUUAUGGCCAUCCAGAAUUUUUGAACUGUACAAGAAACAAGAGGGGCUUGAUAUUUAGAUACGAGGCUUCUUGGGACUUAAGAGAUGAAUGCCAAGGAAUUGUAACAGAAGCAUGGGGAAAAGGUCAGCAUGGGAGUAAUGGAGCCAGCUCAAUGAGACAUAAGCUAAGGGCAAACCAAAGAAGGAAAACAAAUACCAUAAAGGCCAUCAAAGACCAAUUGGGUCGAGAGAUCACUGAACAGCAGGCCAUAGGAGGUGUUUUCACAGAGCCUAAAGUAAAUGAAGAAAUGGAAAGCAGGCUCAUGGAACCAUUUACCCCCGAGGAGGUCACCAAUGCAGUAUUCCAAAUGAACCCAUUGGGAUCACCUGGUCCUGAUGGGUUCCCAGCCCAGUUCUAUCAACAGCAUUGGCAAGUGGUGGGCAAGGGAGUUUGUGAUUUUGCCCUCAAAGCUCUAAACCAAGAGGCCUCUUUACAAGAGGUUAAUGAUACAUAUAUAACCUUGAUCCCUAAGAGUGCCUUUAUACCUAGGAGACUUAUUUCAGAUAACACUCUAAUUGCAUAUGAGGUGCUGCACUCAAUGACAUCAAGGGUGAAAGGGAGGAGAGGGUUCAUGGCACUCAAACUGGACAUGAGCAAGGCAUAUGAUAGAGUAGAGUGGGAUUUUGUCACAGCUGUAUUGGUAAAGAUGGGUUUCCCUCAACACUGGAUCAACUUGGUUCAGAAUUGCCUCAAAUCAGUGUCCUACUCUAUCAUAGUCAAUGGUGAGCCCCAACAACAGUUUGUGCCCACGAGGGGUAUUCGACAAGGAGACCCCUUAUCUCCUUACAUUUUCAUAAUUUGUGCUGAAGCUCUCACAGCCUUAUUGAACAGAGCAGAAUUAUGUAAGGAUAUCACAAGUAUCCCCUUGGGUAGGGGCCCAAUCACAGUAAACCACCUUUUCUUUGCAGAUGACAGUCUAUUGUUCUGCCAAGCCAACAAGAAGGAACUCUAUAAGGUUAUAAGCAUACUGGUUCUCUAUGAGAAGGCCUCGGGUCAAAUGUUAAACAAAGAAAAAUCCUCCAUUUUUUUCAGCAAGAACACAAGGAAGGAGGCACAGCACCAGAUCCUCAUGAUGGCAGGGGUUAAGUCCAAGGGCUCCUUUGAAAAGUAUCUAGGCUUGCCUGCCAUAGUGGGAAGAACCAAGGUGGCUGCAUUCCACUCACUCAUUGAUAGGACUUGGGCUCGAAUAGCAAGCUGGAAGACAAAGUACCUAUCAGCUGCAGGAAAGGAAACCCUUCUCAAGGCUGUAUUGCAAGCCAUCCCAACAUAUUCGAUGGGGAUUUUCCUUCUACCAGUCUCUAUCACCAAAAAGCUAAACCAGCUACUCAGAAAAUUCUGGUGGGGGUAUAAUGAAGACACAACAAAGAUCCAAUGGGUGAACUGGAAGCAAAUCAGCUACUCAAAGGAGUCGGGUGGGCUUGGCUUCAGGGACUUCAGAAGUUUUAACUUAGCUAUGUUGUCAAAACAGGGAUGGAGAAUAUUACAAAACCCCUCCUCACUGGUCUCAAUGAUUCUCAAACAGAAGUACUUCAGACAAACAGAUCUAAUGGGGUCAACAUUGGGCAGGAGUCCAUCCUUUGCAUGGAGAGGCAUCCAUGCAGGGCUAAGCUUACUAAGAAAGGGCCUACUAUGGAGAGUAGGCAAUGGACAUAGCAUCAACAUCUGGUCUAAUUGUUGGAUCCCUUCCCUUCCCGAGUAUCAAGUCAAAUCCACUCAGGUACCAAACUACAACUAUCAGACAGUAAGUGAUCUGCUAGAACCUCAUCAACUAAGAUGGAGAGAACCCCUACUUCAACAAUUGUUCUCAGAAGAAGAAGUGGAAGCAAUCAAGGCCAUUCCUAUCAGUGUUAGUGGCAGAAAGGAUGUGAGAGCAUGGAGGUUAACAAGCAAUGGCAGUGGCAAGACUAAAUACUGCAGAAUUGGAAGAGGUGGCAGUUACACUCAGAGGGAUCUGGACCAGAAGAAAUGGAUCCUGCAGGGAAAAGGAUUCAAGCACCCCUCGAUCCUAGUUCAGCAGGCCAGGACUGAUCUACUGGACUACAAAGGCUCAACCACAAACCCCAAAUCAACUCUCAACCAGGCCACGACAGUGGUUCACAGAUGGAGCAAACCUUCCCUGGGUCAAUUUAAGGCUAACUGGGAUGCAGCAGUUAGAAGGGGAGAGGGAAUGGUUGGCAUAGGAGUCAUUAUAAGGGAUCACCAGGGCCUAGUCAUUGGCACCCUUCAAGCAUCAAGGCAGGUUAGGGGGAACCAUUUGAUGCAGAGGCCUAUGGACUACUGCUGGCUGUAG